AAAAGAGAAGUGAUUAGUGAAAUACAGCAAAAAAGCUUGAGUCAAUAACAUCGUCUUUCAUACAAUAUUUCAGAAUCUAAAUCUAAUCAAAAUGUCCAAUGCAGCGCAAAAGUGAUUUUCAAUGGCUUGUGAUGUUUCAUAAGAAACUCUUAAAUAAAAAAGUUUCUCUCACUUGUAGCAAUAAGAUGUAAACGAUAUUUAAGAAGGUCCACGUCCAGACAUGGGUUCCAGAAUACGAGAUACAGUGCGAUACUUAUUUGAACUAUUCUGUGAAGUUUCGCCUGGAGAUCAAGCAAGGGAACCUUACAUUGUAAAAAAAUACCCAGAUUCAUAUAGAAAUGAAGAAGAAUUGAAGAAUAUUCCUAAAUUCACAUUCCCGUGCCAGUUUGAUAACACUUAUAUACAAAAAUACUCUUUUGUAUUGACAUCAGUGGAUUCCAAAUACACAUUUUGCUUUUGUCGAUAUGAUCCAAAAGCAAAUACCACAUUUCUCAUAUUGUCACAUUUACCAUGGCAUGAUAUAUUUUACAAUUUAUUAAACUGCAUAGCUAACCUAGCGAAUAGUCCUGAGAGAGGGGAGCUGACAUCGUUUCUAGAAGCAUGUCGGAUAAGGCCACCUAUGCCCGGACAUACACUCAAAGUCACUUACAAUGCUGGUCAUAAUGUGUUCUCAUGUCAAUGUCCAGAUAACAAGCUGCCAAGUAUUCCGGAAAAUUAUAAUCUCACGGAAUACUUCAGCGCAAUGGACGGUAAAUGCAUGGUGGGAUUAUGGGCUGCGCUGUUACAUGAGCGACGGAUAGCCAUAGUCGCUUCUAAACCAUCUCGGCUCUCGGCGUGUGUGCAAGCCGCUAAUGCGACGCUGUUCCCGAUGUCAUGGCAACACAUAUUCAUUCCAAUAUUACCUAAACACUUGGUCGACUAUCUAUUAGCACCCAUGCCAUUUCUUAUUGGAGUUCCCGGAAGCGUGAUGAAGAUGGUGCGAAUGUCGGAGCUGGGCGACGUAGUUAUCUUAGAUGUAGAUGCAAAUGAAUUAAGAUCUCCAUUUAACGAUUUGGAAAGUCUCCCGCCUGAAUUGGUGACAAAUCUAAGAAAAGCAUUAGGCGAUAAACAUGUUCUUGGUGAUGUCGUGUCCAGGGCGUUCUUACGGGCGUUAGUUUGUUUGAUUGGAGGCUACAGGGAUGCUAUAAGAAUCGAGAGAGGUGAACGAAUAACAUUCAAUCCAGAGGCGUUCGUUAAAACAAGGAAAAAUAUGCAGCCGUUCCUUAAGAAAAUACUCCAGUCACAAAUAUUUCAACAGUUCAUUGACGAGAGGCUGGACCUCUUGAAUUCAGGCAGGGGCUUCAGUGACGAGUUCGAAGUGGAAUGCAACAAUUUCGCCGACAAGCUGAACACGGGCAGUGGGCAAAGACUGAAGAAACAAUACCGGGACUGGGCUAAAAACGUGAAAAAGGAGGGAGGCGCUUUUUUCAAGACUGUCAAAGAUAAGGCGAACCCCGCAGUACAAUCGGCUGUGAAAACGGUUCGACAAGGCGGCAAAAAUGUGAAAUCUGCAGUUAGAGGAUUAAAAAAUAAAAUCCCGAAAACGGGAUCUAGACCAUCCUCUAUAAAUACCACAGAUGAUAGCAGAUUCUCGUGCGGCUCCGCGACCCCAGUCUCCUCGGACUCGGACACGUCGCCGUGCCGCGAGCCGGCGCGCGAGCCGGCCGCGCUCCCGCUGGACUUGCUCACCGAGAUGGAGUUCCUCUUCACCAAGCGGCGGGACAGUUUCCCCGGCUCGCCGCGGGAGGUCGCCACUCUGCCCGAUAAAUCCAAGACCCUGUCACCACAACCCCCACCCCGAUUACUGGAACGUCCCCACCCCCCACUCCGAUACCCAAUCGUGUCCACGGAGAAAUUAGUCGAUAUAUCGGACGCGCCCGCGCCGCCGCCGCGCGCGACCCCAGCGCCAUCUACGGCGCAUUUCAUUAGUAACAUCACAAAAAACGCGCCGUCAGCGACCGACUUCCACACGAGCACCAUUCGGUUCUCGGAGGGCGGCGACAAAGCGAAAUUGAAAUUAACGCUGUCGAACCAAAGGCGGCAGUCGAACGCGUGCAACGGCAGUGCGGUCAAACUGCCCGCGCCCGCACGUCCCGCCCGGCCCGCCCGGCCCGCGCACAAGCCGAGGACGCAAGAGUCGUGUGGGUCUGACGUGGAUCUCAUAAAACUGGACGAUUCGCCGACAGGCCUCGAAGAUUUCGAUCCGCUCAAGUUUCGGGAUCGAAAGGAGAAAAUCGAAAAAAUGAAAUCUUCCACCGAUAGUGCACUUUUGCACGAAUACGGUUUAGAUUUCAGCCAGUUUGGUCUGUCGAAUUUCACAAGUACCUCGAGCGCGGAUCAGGACACAUCGUCUAGUGUGCCUAAAGGGUGGACUACGUUCAACUAACCCAUCAGCUUUAUUAAUAAUAAUAACGUGCGCAGGAAAAUGUACCUAAUAGACCAUACGAUCUGUGGUUCGUUGAAAAUGGAAAGUUUUUAUAAAUGUGAUUUUCUCAUUGCUUUAUUUUUGGCGGCGCAAUUUUUUCUUAAUAUAUAUUAUCUGUAUUGAAAUGGAAUAUAGUCUCAUAACAAAUAACGUAAAGGCGUAAUGAGAUAUCUUAUAAAUUAUAUCUGUAUAGAUAAAAGGGACAUCGCUUUUGUGUUUAAUUAUAUUUAAAUUUUUAAUUAUUUAUUUAGUUUUAUUAUUGUACAUAAUGUUACAUAUCAAUGAGAUUUGUAAAUUUAAUACAUUUAUCUUUAAUUAAUAUAAUAUUUGUAUAUUAGUAAAUGAAUUGUAUUAUACUUUAUAAUAUUAUUUAUGUUAUUGUGAAGGAAGUAUAAAAACUCAACAACGAAAUUCACAAGCAAUAUUUAUAAUAAACAUACAUAGUUACCUCACCAUCACACGAGAUAUUUAAAAAAAUAAUCAAUCGCGUAAUGGUCAACAUU